GUGAUGCUUAGCGCCGAAGCGUUACAGGCCGAGCUUCAAGAUCCCGCCGUCGUCUCGACUCUCGAACGCUGACCAGCAGGCUACGGACGGUCUCAACCAUCUCUACUCUGUGCGGGAACGGAGCCUGCUUUCUGAAAUCCCCCAUCACUGAUAUCUGCCAAGGACUCCCGCUGAAGCGAGCUCUCGUACUUUGGUCUCAUGUCUGGCCUCCGCGCCCCCCCUCGCAAGGGCGAGAACUACGAGCUCAGCGCCGACCUCAACAGUGAGUAUCGGGAGAAGCGGAAAGAUGCCAUCAAGAAGGUCAUUGCUAACAUGACCGUCCAGAAGGACGUCAGCGGCCUCUUCCCGGACGUCCUCAAGAACAUGCAGACCGACGACCUCGAGCAGAAGAAGCUCGUAUAUCUCUACCUGAUGAACUACGCAAAGACGCAGCCGGAGCUUGUCAUCCUCGCCGUGAACACCUUUGUGAAAGACACCGACGACCCAAACCCGCUCGUGCGCGCUCUGGCGAUCCGGACGAUGGGCAUGCUGCGCGCGGAGAAGAUUCUGGACUACAUCUGCGACCCGCUCACGAAGUGCCUCCGCGACGACAACCCAUAUGUGCGCAAGACGGCCGCGCUCUGUGUCGCGAAAUUGUACGAUCUCAAGCCGGAGCUAGUGAUUGAGAACGGGUUCUUGGAGACCUUGCAGGACAUGAUCGGGGAUAGCAAUCCUAUGGUUGUCGCGAAUACCGUCGCGGCAUUGUCAGACAUCCAUGCGGCCGCGGUCGCAGCUGGUUCGUCCAGUGAAACCUUCCACAUCACAUCCACCAUCUUGAACAAACUUCUCGUCGCGUUGAAUGAGUGCUCGGAAUGGGGCCGCGUGGGGAUCCUGAACGCUCUGUCCCGCUACGAGACUACAGACGAGCGAGAAGGCGAGCACAUCUGUGAGCGUGUCGUGCCGCAAUUCCAGCACGCGAACGGCAGCGUCGUCCUCGCAGCUGUCAAGGUCAUCAUGAUUCACAUGCGCCAUGUGAAGUCAGAAAACCUCAACAAGCAGAUGAUCCGCAAGAUGGCUCCGCCACUCGUGACGCUCCUCUCCAAUCCCCCAGAGGUCCAAUGGGUUGCGCUCCGGAAUAUCAACCUCCUCCUGCAGAAGCGGCCCGACCUCCUUCAGAACGAGAUGCGCGUGUUCUUCUGCAAGUACAACGACCCGCUGUAUGUCAAGGUAGAGAAGCUCGACAUCAUGGUGCGCCUCGCGGGCGACAGCAAUGUCGACGCGCUUCUUAGUGAGCUGAAGGAGUACGCUUCGGAGGUGGACGUGGACUUCGUGCGGAGAAGUAUCAAGGCCAUAGGUCAGACCGCGAUCAAGAUUGACGCCGCCGCAGAGCGGUGUGUGAACGUCUUGCUGGAGCUCAUCGGCACGCGCGUCAGCUACGUCGUUCAAGAGGCGGUUGUCGUCAUGAAGGACAUCUUCCGAAAAUACCCCUCGACGUACGAGGGUGUCAUACCCACACUAUGCGCCAAUCUGGACGAACUGGACGAGCCAGAAGCGAAGGCAUCCCUUAUUUGGAUCAUCGGCGAGUACGCCAACAAGAUCGACAACGCAGACGAGCUCCUCGGCAUCUUCGUCGACACGUUCACAGAAGAAUCUUACCCUGUACAAUUGCAGACACUGACAGCGGUCGUGAAGCUGUUCCUGCAGAAACCCGACGGGUCACAAGGGCUUGUGCAGCGUGUGCUAAACACUGCCACGAAGGACUGCGACUCGCCUGAUGUCCGCGAUCGUGCAUACAUCUACUGGCGGUUACUGUCCACAGAUCCAGGUGCAGCGAAGGCCGUGGUCCUCGCACACCGACCUCCAAUCUCGCUGCCAAGAACGACGGUGUCGCCACAACUGCUGGAGGAGUUGCUGGGCGAGGUCUCCAGCCUUGCGAGUGUAUACCACAAGCCAGAAGAGACCUUCGUCGGGCAAGGACGUAUCGGUAUCGACACCGUACAACGGAAGAGCGCCGAUCUCGCAGACGACCGUGCCGCAGCCCAAAAAGCACUCCAAACCGUCGCCAUCGGCCAGCAAGCCGAGAACCUGCUCGACUUCGCGGACGAUGGUGCCGACGACGGGCAGCAGCCCUCUGGGCUCGCCGCUACGACAAUGCUCACAUCGACACCCGCCGCGGCGAACCUCCUGUCGGGCACGUCAAGCAAUCCGCUCGACGACCUCGUGUCAAUAUUCGGGAACGCGAGCCUCAGCGCGCCCAGCGUGCAGCCGCAGAGUGCGGCGCCGCUUGGAGGCUUCGGCUUUAGUAUGGGAGGCGCGCCGUCGCCGAUGCCCCCGCAGACACCGUCGGUCCUCCAAGCGGCGUCGCCACCGAUGCAGCAGUCGGGUCAGGAGGAUUUGUUGGGUUUGUUCUAGAGUGUUAUGUUGGUAUCAGGAAGAGUGCGUGGAUGUAUAACGCUUGUAUCGCUUUCAAUAUCUUCUCCAUCUGGUGUGAACGGUGUACCGCUGGUGUACCGAGGCGAGCUCGGGGAGUAAUGCCUUCUGAAAACGGCAAGCCCGGUUUGUGCACGACGUAGUCAUGUUGUACCAACUCCCGCUAGGGCGGCAUGGUGGACGACCACCUAUAGCUGCACACGAACAUACCAGAUCGCCAGCCGAACGUUGACCGCAAGGAAGCAACAAUCGUCGUCAUCAGGGUGGGUGC